CCGUCCACACACACUGCAGGUACGUUUCUUCCCUCCCUCCCUCGCUCCCCUCACCCGCCCUUGGUCUGCCUGUCCGUCCCCGAACGUUUGUUUCUUGGUCGGUGCUAUGGCCAGCUACUGUACAACCAAUCAACCCAUUUAUGUGGUCGCCAACCGUCCAACUAACUCAUCGCCUCCUGAAGGGGGGACAUGAAGAACGAAUGGCCGUGGGCCACCACUUGUGUUUUGGGCCCGUCUGUCUGUCUGUCUGUCCGUCUGGAGUGCUCACUCACGGCGGGUAGGAAGGAGGUGGAAACGAGGGGGGUGGGGGCAAGCCGUAGGAAGCUGGCAUGUCCUCACGCAGCCCCGCCAAUUCCUCCUGACGAAAGAGACGCAACAUACACACACCGACCGCAUAGCAUACAUAAACCACCUCGACUAGGCUACCUAGCUUGUUGCUUGCAUGUGAAGGCCGUGUCCCUCCAUCCAUCCGUCCGUCCCCCCUACCUACCUCUGUUUCCUCGUUGACCGCUGGUAGUCUACCAGAGUGAUGUGGGGCCUCGAACGGAACCUGGAUGGAUGGAUGGAUGGAUAGAGGCGGCGACACACCAACGAACCACCACACCCCACACACAGCCAUCCCGGUGAAUACCCCGUGAUCUAGUCCCUCCAUUCAUUCCCUUCAUUCCCUCUCUGUUUUGCGCCCUGCCUCACCUCCGGCGUAACAUUAGCGAUACGAGCACUCUCAUAAAGCGCAAGGCGCAGGGCUGCGUCCCUGCAAUGAGUACACAAACAUCAAUCCAAGCAGCCAGAGAGAAAGGCAUCCGCCCAUGUAUGUGCAGGGGUGAUGCGAUGGGUCAUCCAUUCAUCCAUCCGUCUGCCCCACGCCAUCUAUCUAUCCCAUUGCCCCUUCCUUCCUUUCUUACUCGCCCAUCCUGGAUUGCUUUUCGAGCUGAUUCUCCAGGUAACUCUCCCUGAUGACUCUUUCCAACUCCUCGUCAUGAUCCGCCUGUUCGAUGCCCCCGUGUGACGCAACGGAUGCCCCUCCCGACGCCCCCGCAAGGGUCUCGUGGCUGCACACACCAUAGUUAGGAACGUACAGCACACACCAGGUCGGUCAGUCGGUGGGUUGUGGGUGCAGCCAGGCAGGCGACAGUCUGUGUGUGUGUGAUUCAAAGUGAGGGCUGACUCACGAGGGGGCGACUGGCGGUGCUUUGGGAGGCGCACGUGCCGGCGCUGGGGGUUGGUAUAGCUGCAGGUGCUGCUGCUGCCGGUACUCAAAGUGCUGUUGGGCGGUCUGCCUCGACAGCUCCAGGACCCGAUUGAGUGCCUCAUCCUCGGUCUCCCUGACACACAAACGCAGCACUCAUGUGACAAAGCCAACAAAGGCGAUUGAUUGGUCGGCUGCGGGCCUGGCCUGGCCUGGCCUGUCGUAGAUCGUGUGGGUGAGACGUCUGCCUAGAUAUCUGUCUGUCUAUUUAUCUCAAGCACCCACCCACCCGGUGAUGUGCACGUCGCGCUUGGACUGUUCUACCGCCUGCUGGACCUCCUUGGCCUCACGCAUACUGACCGACACAACACCCCAAAGACAGGCAACGCGGGCGGCGUGGCGGGCACAGUGUCAGACAGGGAGGGAGGGAAGGGGCCAUACAUACAUACAUACAUACAUCACACAAUGGAGUGUUUGUUUGGUUACUUACCUGGCCCAUACAUUUGCAGUCUCGUUGAUCCUAUCCGUCCCCGACAUGCCGCCCGCCAUACGGCCGCCCUGGAAAGCACUAAAUGCCUGCUGCUGCUGGUGGUGGUUGUGGUGUUGUUGGUGUUGCAUGAGCUGUGGCUGGUUGUGGCGGUCGACUGGUAUGUGGUUGUGGUUGCCUCCAGCGUGGGUACGGGUCCCCCCUUGUGGUAUUGUUACCCCUUGCCCGUGCCCCUCGUCCUCCUUUUCCUCUCCCAUGUCGUCGGCCGUGUGUGGUCUCUCUGCUGGCGUGAAGCCCAGGGAGGUGGGAUCCAUCCGCCUGCUCUGCUUCUCCUUCUGCUUCUCCUUUUUGCGCUGCGCCCUACGCGGCGGCACAGCCGCUGCUGCCGGAAGGUCAUCCUGCGCCUUGCCCUUCUCACCCUCCUUACGCUUCCCCAACUGCAGCCAGGCGCACACGACACGACGCGACGCGACACGACACGACACGACACGACACGACACACGGUUGGGGCACAAGGAAGAGGGGAAGGAAGGCACAGUGUGUGCCUGCCUGACACCCAUAUCUCUUCUUGCCUCCCCGCUGCCUUAGUGUCUUUCAUUUCGAGUUGGCACCGUUUUGAGGUAUUUGAGUUCCAUGUCUUGUGCGUCCAGUUGCUCCUGCUGGUCGUCUGGGCCAUGGCGCGAGGGCAAGCCGCCGUGGGCCUUGUCCUCUUCCUCUACACUCGCCUGUUUAAGGAGAGGGACAGACAGACAGAGAGAGGAGGUAGGCGUGUAUUCAUGUGUGGGCAGUGUCCCGUCCGUCCCCCCCCCCGGUGGUUGGGUUGAGAAGUGACUGGCCGACCUGUGCAGUGAAUUUGUAGAGGAGUCGGUGGCUCUUGUUCUGGUGGCGCUUGUCCUUGGCCUGUCGCUUCAAGGGUUCGUCGACCAAGAAGACCUCGGUGACCUGGCCGUCACAGCCUUGGCCCGGCAGGCUGAUGACGCCGCUGCUGUUGUAGCUCUCAUCCACCUCCCCCUCCUCGAACGACGGGUAUUGCGAAGAUGACGACCCGCCCUCCAGCGACUGGGGCGCCGCACUCCGCCCAAAUACGUGCGCACCGUGACGCUUGCCGCACCCCAUACGCAUGCACUGUUGUAUCCACGGAAGACCCACACACACACAUUGUGUACACACACAUGCCAAGCCACAGCGCUGCUCGGUGUUUGCAGGUGUGGGUGUGUCCAUCCCUCCCUCCCUCCCUCCCUCCCUGCGCACUCUGUCGCGUUUCCUCAGAGUGGAAGCCGUCAUUUUGUUCAUGAUGGGUUCGUCAGCCCACUCAUUCCUCCGUGCCUCCUUGGCGCUAACGGGCUCGCAGAGACCAAGCAACACCGCCAGGCGCUCACCGUCGUUCUGCACACAGACAUACAAACAUACAACGGACAGCGCGGCGACCGACAUCAGACAGGCAGCAUGAUGCGAUGUGAUGUGAUGUGCAGUACCCGCCGCUAAUGGAUGGUCGGGGUCUAAUUCAUGUAGUCUCACCUGUGUCCGAAUCGCGUGGCCGAGAUCAUGACCAUCCGGCGUCGAGCACAGCUUCCAGAAGCAAUCACAGCGGUACCUGCGACCCGACCACAGGCAUUGCAUACAUAUGGAUGGUGAGUGCCGUAGGGUGGGUGCGGCCAUGGUCUUACUUACACGCUUGUGUGUAUAGAGGACGUUCCCAGGCAAUGGACCUCGACAAAGCUAAGACGGUCUGCAUCCGAGGCGGCUUGCGUUUUCAGCGCUUUUCCGCAGACAGAGCACGGCAUGUCGGCGUGGCUAGACUCCUCCAUCUUGACCACUGCUCCACUUCAGCUGCCGAGUGCUGUGCCCCAGGGCGCCCCGACAAGGGUGUGUGGCGGGUUUGCUCCGAGUGGAGUGGUAGUCGGUAACACAACUGCAAAACAGAGAAAGAGAGUAUGUCUGCAUACCUACGUGCUGUGCGCAUGUGGGUGGAGGGGGAUUGGUGGCCUGCCUGCGGCGAUGGGUCAGGGAGUUCACCUCGCGCAAAUGGCUGGAUGUGUGCUGAGAUGCGUAGCACCGGUCGGCCCGCCUCAAAUAAUGGUAGGUACCCCUACAGGCAUGACAUACGGUGUGCGUGUGAACAAACAGACUUUUCUGGGCAGAUGGUUACCUAGAUGACGAUGUCGGCGAGAGUGCUGGAUAGAAGUUGGCCGUGCAGCGCCCCAGAUGCCUGCAGGAGAGGGAAUGACGAUGCGUGUCGUGACCAGGCAAGUGCAUUCGGCGUGCCUCAGGCGAGGUAGCCAACCUGUUGGACAGAUACGACAAGGUAGGCCCUGGAUGGAGACUACAGGCUGGAUGAGGGCCGCCACCUGUGUGCCCUCUGCCGGAACUGUCUACCCUCAAGCAAACCAAGUCAGCUGGUGUUUACCCGUGCCUUUCUUUACGGAAAAGCUCGCACUCAU